GCAUUUCAAUUUUUUUUGGGAUAGUAGACUACACAAACAGCAGAAGGAUUGCUUUUUAAAAAUCGCAGGGCAAACAUGUCGCCUUAAAAGGCCACAUUAUUCGCCUUGCUGUUUUAACCAUAAUUAGUGCUUUUUUCAAAUCAUGUACGUGGGAUACCUACUGGAUAAAGAAAGCGGCAUGUAUCACCAAGGACCAGUGAGAAGAUCAAGCAUCAAUCUGCCUCCACAGAACUUUGUUUCCACUCCACAGUACCCCGACUUUACAGGAUACCAUCAUGUGCCAAACAUGGAUACGCAUGCACAGUCUUCGGGAAGUUGGGGAGCUACAUAUGGCGCUCCAAGAGAGGACUGGGGCGCAUAUAGUCUGGGACCACCUAAUACUAUUCCUACCUCCAUGAACAACUCAUCUCCCGCACAGGUUCCUUACUGCUCACCGGAUUACAGUCACAUGCACCCGCCGGGAUCUGCGGUGUUACAACCUCCGCCGGAGAAUGUAUCCGUUGCGCAACUUUCCCCUGAGAGGGAAAGGCGCAAUUCAUACCAGUGGAUGAGCAAAACUGCACAGUCGUCAUCUACAGGAAAAACGCGGACAAAGGAGAAAUACAGAGUGGUGUACACCGACCACCAGAGGCUGGAGCUGGAGAAGGAGUUUCAUUUCAACAGAUACAUCACCAUCAGGCGGAAAUCCGAGCUGGCUGUCAACCUCGGUCUGUCCGAAAGACAGGUGAAAAUCUGGUUCCAGAACCGCAGAGCCAAGGAGAGGAAGCUCAUCAAGAAGAAGCUGGGUCAGUCUGAUGGCAGCAGUGGGUCAGUGCACAGCGACCCAGGUUCAGUGAGCCCUCUGCCCGUGCCCGGUUCUCUUAGCCACAGACAUCCACGGCUCUCUGUACCCUCCACAGAGAAUGAACACGUUGCCGUCGAUCAGGAAUAUACAGCAAGUGACAGUGACUCAGUGACAGAGUUCUCCUGAGGACCACCUAACACAUCUCGAGCACUCCAACCUGCUGACAGAACCCUGAGACAGGCAGCAGAGGAUGGACUCACAUCCUGAAGCACACAUACAGAUGAUUCUAACCGAAUAAUGGAGGCUCUUUAAAUAUUGAUUUUUUUUAAUAGAAUAGUUCUAAUAAUGUGGGAAAGAAAAAAAGAAGGAUAAAAGGUGUUUUAAAAUGGUUUAAUUUGUGUGAGUUAAUAAGAUAUAAAUAUCCUUUUGUAUGUAACGAAGUGUAUGUGUUUGUGAAUAAAAUGA